AUGGAAGACCGGCGGGAGAGUACGGUUUGGACGCUCAAUCAAACCAUCUACUGGGCUCAACUGGAGUGCCGGAAAAUCGUAGCACAUGACCACCUGUCUGUCUCCAUCAAUGAGACGUCAAACGAUCCACCGAUUCUCUCGUGGGAUGUAACGGGUGUGCAGCUGCAGGAUAUCCCCGGGACAAACGACACAUGCACAUUGGACUUUCACUACAGUAAUAUUUUCUUCCCGACCACCGAUUAUUUGCAGGUCCGGUACUGGGAGCCCGUGUGGAACAAUCGGUCACAACCCGCCUUCAGCCGUAAAGAAGCAUUUACCACUCACGGCUGCGAUGAUCCCUAUGACCUAUAUGGAGUCGUCAUCUCGGUCAAUGCCACGGUGGCCGGAGCUAAUAGCAUCAGUCAGUUGGGCUCCGAGUUUACUUCAUCUGCCGGCAUCUUCGGCUGCAAGGUUGAAUAUCGACAGGCGGAGGCCAAGGUGUCGAUGCACGCUAACAGCUCAAUCACAAACAUUUAUGGCUAUCCGAAUACCGAGCGGGAGUUAGGAACGGAUCAGUUGAAUAUCGACGCUUUUCAGGAUCUCUUGUCCCAACGAGCACCAUAUACGGGCGAUAUGUUGUUUAUCGAACUAAAUGAGACCACCGGUGAUACCACCGUCACAGAGCUGCCUGUGAUUAGCCAGGACCUAGGCGACCUCGAGCCGCUUCUGGUUUUGGAUGCAUCAACCGUUAUGACGACGGACGAAUUCGAGGGAAAGGUCAAACGAAGUGUAGCUGAAACGUUCGUGCUUACAAUGAGUCGGCUCUUUAACCCCGACCAGGAUCCCACAGAUGCGCCGGCCCAACGGGAGUCCACGCAAGUCGCUAUCUCCGUCGUGUCGUUCGCCUCGUUGUUUUCUGAGGUGAUCUUGGCGAUCGCCAUGUGUCUCACCAUAUAUCUUAUCUAUUUUUACGGAACACGCCCUAACAUCCUACAAAGCGACCCGAGUUCUAUCGGUGCCAUGUGUAGCAUGUUGACUGAUGUCUUUGGACCCUACAACAUCCUUGCGAAUCCUCAGCCCGACUUCCACCAAUUCUCGACGCGGCAGCUACGUCAGGUCUUGCGGAAUUGUUGGCUUCGAUGGCAACAUGGACCCCUGGGACCCCGACUCGAGAUUAUAACUGGAGACGGUUCUCCCGUCACCCUCAGUGAGCAGCUACGGACACGUGUCGACCCUAUGCCACAUUUCUUGGUGAUUCCCAUCUUCAUCAUUGAAUUCCUACUCCUCGCCGCCGUCAUCGCUGUGAUGGGAGUGACAGCAGCUACUCUUGCCCACGACGGAAGUUUUCAACAUCUCUCCCAGUCUAGCUCCAGUUUUCUCCAAGUCAUAACCUCCUUUCUCCCUUCCGUUGUCGCGUCUUCCGUGGCGGCUCUGUGCAACUCGAUCCUUCGCAACAUCAGCAUUCUGGAGCCGUGGGUCCACCUCCAGCGCGGUAUGGCGGCCGCUCACACAUCAAUAUCUAUGAAUUAUGCGUCACAGAAUCCUUGGUCGAUCUUAAGAAAAGCCAUCCGGAACCGACAUUCCCUCUUAAGCCUUGUCUCACUUGCUUGCAUCGCCAACAUCCUGCUGACGGUUGUUGCCGGUGGCCUGUUCACUCAGAGACUGACGCAAUCCUAUCUGCCGUCAACGUCGCUGUACGUGAACUACAGCAACUUCCACUUUCUACGAACAGACUUCGCUCCGGACUUCACGGAGUUCGAUCUCAUCCAGAACAGCGCCACUAGCGGUGUACCAUUAUUGCCCUGGAUGUCUGCGAACCAUUCAUUUGCUCCGAUCAAGAAUACCGACUCGAACCCCGACCUGAUGUACGGGGCGACGACGCUCGGAAUAGGUAGCGAUCUGGACUGCAAGACGUUGGAGACAUCCCAGAACUUGAGAGAAGACGGCCAGGAUAUCUAUUUUGUCUAUCGACCGUCCCAUGAUGUCAGCCGGCAGUGUAGGGUUAACAUGACGUCGCUAGUGCGCCCCAGCGAAGCCAUUGCCCUCUCCAUCCACUUUCUUUCCCCGGUGGCGGACUCAGACACGGAUUUGUGUCAGAUGUCGACGGUGCUGGUGGUUGGACGAUGGAAUUAUACUUCGGAGUCACCUUUCACCGAUGACAACACCAUUGCGCUCCAAUGUGAACCACAUGUGCAACUUCAAAAUUUCUCCGUGACCUUUGACCGACGGGGCCAGAUAUCCGACAUAGAUCCGAUUCCUGGUACGGAAACCACGUCAGGGACCAUGUAUGAAAAUGCGACGAUGGCUCUAGGACAAUUCAACAAGGUCUUUGCCGCCAUUCCUCAGAGCUUUGUAGGGGAGGAACCGGGGCGGAACCGGUCCUAUGUUUCGUCAUAUGACUGGGCAGGGUUUCUCGUGGCCCGUCUCUACCGGCAGCACGAGAAGAUUGUUCCACUCAACGCCUUGGAAUUGAUGACACAGUCGCAGAUUGUGUACCAGUGGGUAUGGAGCACCUACUUCACGAUUUGGCGAAACAUGUAUCUGGUGCCCCUGGAUGAGGUGUUAUGCGCCGGUAAUGCCACGGAGAUCUCCAACACCUGGACCAUGGUCCCGUCGGUGCCCUCGCUGGCCAUGGCGUUGGUGAUCAUUGCGCUAGACACGCUGGUCGUGCUAGUCGUAUUCGGCACCCGUCGCGGUCGGUUUCGAGGGCCCCGGAUGCCACGAUCCAUUGGAGCGAUCAUCCCCUGGGUUGCACACAGUCGCAUGCUGGGUGAUUUUCGCAACACCUAUUCUUGGACUAAUGAGAAACGGAGAGAGCAUCUGACUCGGCUGGACAAGCGCUACGGGUUUCGGAUGUUCCUGCAGGCGGAUGGGCGGUGGCGGUAUGCUGUGGAUGAGGAGGCGGUUGGGCUGGCAGACAAACCACCGGAUGCAGCAGCCGAUGCGGCGAAGGGGCCCGAAGUGAUCGAGAUGCAGCCCAUUGGGGAGGCCAGAAGUGAUCCUGGGCCUGAUCAUCAUGAGUGA